UACAUCAGAAAACCAGAACUUAAUAUUUGGUACAGAAACCUUUGUUUGCAAUUACAGAGAUCAUACGUUUCCUGUAGUUCUUGACCAGGUCUGCACACACUGCAGCAGGGAUUUUGGCCCACUCCUCCAUACAGACCUUCUCCAGAUCCUUCAGGUUUCGGGGCUGUCGCUGGGCAAUACGGACUUUCAGCUCCCUCCAAAGAUUUUCUAUUGGGUUCAGGUCUGGAGACUGGCUAGGUCACUCUAGGACUUUGAGAUGCUUCUUACGGAGUCACUCCUUAGUUGCCCUGGCUGUGUGUUUCGGGUCGUUGUCAUGCUGGAAGACCCAGCCACGACCCAUCUUCAAUGCUCUUACUGAGGGAAGGAGGUUGUUGGCCAAGAUCUCACGAUACAUGGCUCCAUCCAUCCUCCCCUCAAUACGGUGCAGUCGUCCAGUCCCCUUUGCAGAAAAGCAUCCCAAAAGAAUGAUGUUUCCACCUCCAUGCUUCACGGUUGGGAUGGUGUUCUUGGGGUUGUACUCAUCCUUCUUCUUCCUCCAAACACGGCGAGUGGAGUUUAGACCAAAAAGCUCUAUUUUUGUCUCAUCAGACCACAUGACCUUCUCCCAUUCCUCCUCUGGAUCAUCCAGAUGGUCAUUGGCAAACUUCAGACGGGCCUGGACAUGCACUGGCUUGAGCAGGGGGACCUUGCGUGCGCUGCAGGAUUUUAAUCCAUGACGGCGUAGUGUGUUACUAAUGGCUUUCUUUGAGACUGUGGUCCCAGCUCUCUUCAGGUCAUUGACCAGGUCCUGCCGUGUAGUUCUGGGCUGAUCCCUCACCUUCCUCAUGAUCAUUGAUGCCCCACAAGGUGAGAUCUUGUAUGGAGCCCCAGACCGAGGGUGAUUGACCGUCAUCUUAAACUUCUUCCAUUUUCUAAUAAUUGCACCAACAGUUGUUGCCUUCUCACCAAGCUGCUUGCCUAUUCUCCUGUAGCCCAUCCCAGCCUUGUGCAGGUCUACAAUUUUAUCCCUGAUGUCCUUACACAGCUCUCUGGUCUUGGCCAUUGUGGAGAGGUUGGAGUCUGUUUGAUUGAGUGUGUGGACAGGUGUCUUUUAUACAGGUAACGAGUUCAAACAGGUGCAGUUAAUACAGGUAAUGAGUGGAGAACAGGAGGGCUUCUUAAAAGAAAAACUAACAGGUCUGUGAGAGCCGGAAUUCUUACUGGUUGGUAGGUGAUCAAAUACUUAUGUCAUGCAAUAAAAUGCAAAUGAAUUACUUAAAAAUCAUACAAUGUGAUUUUCUGGAUUUUUGUUUUAGAUUCCGUCUCUCACAGUUGAAGUGUACCCACGAUAAAAAUUACAGACCUCUACAUGCUUUGUAAGUAGGAAAACCUGCAAAAUCGUCAGUGUAUCAAAUACUUGUUCUCCCCACUGUAUAUCACAGAAAACUGAAAUAUAACAAAACCGUUCAUUUGACAUAGAAACACCGGAUUUUAAGCAGGUUUAAUAAUAAUGUUUAUUAAUUAUGAAAAAUAUUACAAACAUUCCACCCAUGAGGCCACUAGAGGGCGAAUUGUUCAUUUGACUGCAGGAAAGAGGUGUAGGCUAUUUGAAAAUUAUAACAAAGUCAGGGACUGGCCGGCCCACCCAAUCCCAAUACAAAAGCACUCACAGCUGUCGUAUCAGUAGGUCUACCAGUGCCCACUGGGCGCAGACUUCAGUUCAACGUCUAGUUUUGAUUUACAUUUGGUUGAGUUGUCAACUAAUGUGAAUUCAACGUGAAAUCAACAAAACAUUUUACCAUGUCAUUGGAUUUAGCUUAACAUUUUUGGGGAAAAAUAUGAAAUUCCCUUAUGUUGAUGGCUUUUUUCAAAUCCAAUCAGUUUUCCAUCAACUUCAUCACAUUAUAUUUUUUCAUUGAAAUUACGUGGUAACAACAUUGAUUCAACCAGUUUUUACCCAGUAGGUGGUGUAUUGAUGCUGGGGUGUUCCUGUGUUCUCCCUUGUGAACUGCUCAGGCCGAUUGGGAAGUGCUGACUCUUCCUGCCAUUAGGAAAAGCCGUCAUCAGUCAAGAGUAUGUACUCUUGAGUAAACAUUAAUUAUGUUUGUGUACUUUGAUAUCCCAGAUAGGACAUGACAGGAAUUUCCUUCCUCGUUGACGCCCUAGCAAGCGGACUACUAAAAGCCAACCAUUAUCACUGUCUAACGUGGAGUUAGACUGUGGUAAUAGUCGGCUUGCUAGGAGAAGCACACUGAGGGAACCAACACAGGUUGGCUCCAUUUUUUUGUCAUUGCACCUUUAAUAGAUGGAUGAUAUAAUGCCUAAUGUUUAAAGGUUUUUCUACGGAUCUUAGUUCUUUUUUAUUGACUGGCAAUAUUUUGAUGACUCAUUGACUGCUACCUAUUGAUUCAAGGCUGCCUCAGGCAGAAGUACCAAAUCAAAGAAGGCACCUGCCCACAUAAACAAGGCACCCAGAGUGUGUAUGCCAGAGGCUAAAGAGUACUUCUACCAGGCUUGUACAGGAAUCGGCUUAUUAUGACGAUCUACCAUGUAUAUGGUUGAAAAGUUUGAUCACGAAAGGAGCAGGGGUUUUCACUGAAUUGGUUCAUUUCCUAAGGCAGCUUAAAAGGAGUUGAAGCAACUUCUCAUCUAAUACAGGUCAUGUGAAGGAUACACGUCCAUGGAAUUAGCCUUUGAUCUGUAAAUCACCCUGUUCAGAUUUUAUCAUCAGUUUUAGUAUUUCUUAAGGAAGGGCUUGUGAGCAGACUUGGCAUUUUGACUUGACAACCCUGUGUGCCAGUAACUCAUGAGGGAUAACUAUUUCUGAAAAUGGACUGAAUAUAAGUUCCACUAGACCUCCAGAGACCCCCAGAGAGCCAGGAAGAAUAGCCCAGGCCGAGUCCUCGCAUCAUGGGUGAGUGGAGCUUCCUCAGCGGCCUCUUCGAUGCCCUCCAGGUCCACUCCCCUAUGCUGGGCCGCUUCUGGCUGCUGCUCAUGCUGGUCUUCCGCAUCCUCAUCCUGGGCACUGUCGCCGGCGACUUGUUCGAAGACGAGCAGGGGGAGUUUUCCUGUAACACACUGCAGCCGGGCUGCAAGCAGGUGUGUUAUGAUGAUGCCUUCCCCAUCUCCCAGUACCGCUUCUGGGUGUUCCACAUAGUCCUCAUCUCCACGCCAUCCCUCAUUUUCCUCAUGUACGCCAUGCACCACCACAACAAGAGGACCAUGCAGUUAAGCCAGCCAAGGUUCAGCCAGCUGAUUAGCAACCCCGCCAGGGAAGAGCGCCACCUCCGACAACUCUAUGUUAUAAAUGUGGCCUUCCGUUUGGUGACAGAAGUGGGAUUUCUGAUCGGUCAGUGGUGGCUGUACGGCUUCCGGGUUGAGGCCCAGUUCCCAUGCAGCCGCUUCCCAUGCCCCUACACGGUGGACUGCUUCGUAUCACGCCCCAUGGAGAAGACAGUCUUCCUCUGUUUCUACUUCGCCGUGGGAGUGAUAUCUGCCUUGUCCAGUUUCGCAGAGCUCGUCUACGCUUCAUUGAAGUGGUUCCGUCCCACCGGGGAGCAGCCAGAGGAGCGGGUAUGCAACUGUCAGAACCUCCGGAACCUGCAGCAGGAGGAGGCGGAGAGGGGGAUGGAGGAGGAGGAGGAGGAGGAGGAGAAGAAAAGGAGAGGAAGGACCAUGUCCGAGGGUGGGAGUAGUAGCGUCAGAAUGAAGGGAGGGGCAGUGAGGGGCAGCACCAGCAGGAAGGUGUCCAGCAUUGGACACAAGAGCAUCGGAUAUCAGGGCAGCAACCAGAGCACCAAAACCAGUGUUUCUCCUAUAUUCAUUUAGCAGGAGUGGAAAUUGUUGCCACUGCUGCAAAAAAUUAUGUAAUUUUUGGUUUUAAUAUAUAUUUCUGCCAGACACACUUUUAAAUGGAUAGUCGUUGACUCAAUGACUGGAAGUCUAUGGGAACAGCUAGCAUGUCAUUGCGCUAACGCUAGUAGAAAUUCAUCCCCCGCUACCCUUGCCACCACUGCUGAAACAAAUCCUAGGGGAAACACUGAAGACAGUUACGGUGUAAUUUAGAUUCAUUUGAAAGAAAUCAUAUGUUCAAUUAGACAGUGGAUUUCAGUACAUUUUUAUUUGAUUUAUUAGGUUCCCCAAUCAUUUCUCUGGAAGUAAAUGCACUCUCCAAUUUCAAUUAGACCCAAUAGAGCUCAUGCUGUCUCUCUAGCCCUCCCUCACCUCUUCUGUUUGACGGUGAUACCCUUCUGCUGCAGCGACUUCUCAUUGGCGAGCUGCAGGAGGGUAAUCUCUUUGCGACUGAUCAGGCGGAUGAAGAAGGCCUUCUCCAGCAGCUUGUCCGGGGUGAUGCUGAAGCCAAUGACGACAGCCAGUUAUUGCAUUGUUGGUAUUACUACAAUAACGGUAACUGCAGUAACAACUUUUUCCCUUUUCGAUUACAAGACAGGGAAAUGAGGGGAAAGGAAAUUGGCCCACACUUAAACUUAUUUUCAUUGGAUUUACACAAAUGAAGGCCCUGUGAUAGGCUAGUUCCUGUCCACGGGGUGUAUUUGUAGAUCAAACUGCAUCACGCUCACGCUACGUAUACAGGAGGUGGGCUCCUGCCAAAUGGGCCAUUCUGGCUUGGACCAGGCUACUUACUUACUUUAUACAAAGGAAAGUCAUGUGUAAUGUAAUGUUAUUAGGUUACAUGUAACAGGUUUGCAAUUUCAUGCACUUGGAGUACUUUUUUUGUUUAUUUUUGUUGUUAUUUAGACACAAGUUAUUCCCCUAAAAUGAACAUAAAGGAAAUACUAUUUUCUCUAAUGUAAAGUGUGGCCGGAAAAGAUUUGUGUCAAUACUCCAUACAGGAACUGCUUGGAGACAAGACCUGUAAAGAAGUCAUAACAAGACUGAUUGGUCUAGACUCCAGAGGAUGUAUGAACAACAGGGGGGACUGAUAUUUGGAGCAUGUACACAAAGAAUCUCUGAAGUGCAUAUUGUAUAGGCACUGUCAUAACUGUGGCUCCAUGGUUUUCAAUAAGGCCUUCCUACAUGUUUAGAUUGAUGGCACAUCCAGCCAAUGUAUUUCAGGAUUCUUGUGUGUGGACAGUGAUAUUUUCCAAUGGCAUUCAAAUGUGCUGGAAUAUACCAAAGUAUUUUGCUGUUGGCGUUACAGCAAUGUCUUAUUCAUCUUGAUCCAUUUUAUGCAGAACAACAGCGAGUUAAAAUGAAGUGCAAUACAGAUCAAAUAACUUGAAUUUAAUAUACUGUAACUUGGUAUGUGUGGUUUCUAUGAAUCUAGUGUGCAAAAUAUAACCUACAUGAGAUCCAUGAUUACGUCAUUUUCACAAUUUAAUCUCUGCCCGACUGAACCUUUGCACCGGUGGAAAGAGCCUGCUACACAGUACUAUGUAAGGUUUUCCGUUAAGAGUGAAUGAAGAAUGUUGCACACUGUCUGAUACCAUCGGUAUUGUGAGACUGAGUAAUAUCUUCUUUUCACUGGCAGUGAAACGUGUGCGCAUGAAUAUGCACAGGGGUAUGCAAAGGUGUUUUUGUGACAUGGAAAUAAAUGUUUUAGAAUCA